AAUAUCUGUAAAGUGACGUCACGGACAGCUAGGUGGCGCUGCAAUAUUUAAGCGUUUGGAUAUUUUGAUAACCGACAUGAUAUAAACUAAAACUUGUUUACACGGACCAAGAAAGAACACAAAUGAAAUGGGUGACAACAGAAGAAUUGCUCAAGUCCGCACUGCUCGGUCCGUCAUCUGUAGAAUUCUUCUGCUUGACGGAAAACUGUUUGAAAUAGAUGUAGAUAAGCGUGCGGUUGGUCAGAUUCUCUAUGACAAAGUAUGUGAGCACUUGGAUCUAUUAGAGAAGGAUUAUUUCGGACUGUCAUUUGUGGCACUUCACACAGGACUCAGGGAAUGGUUAAAUGUGGAGAAGAAGAUAUCCAAGCAGAUGAAAGGCCUGGCUUGGGAAUUUAAGUUUGAGCUGAAGUUUUACCCCCCAGAUCCCCAGACCCUGCAUGAGGAUCUGACAAGAUACCAGCUCUGUUUGCAGAUAAGAAAUGAUAUUGUCAAUGAAAAGCUCCCCUGCUCAGCUGUCACCUAUGCACUACUGGGGUCAUACACCGUCCAAUCAGAGCUUGGAGAUUUUGACAUUGAUGAGUUUGGUCCUGGUACAGAAUACAUCAGAAAAAUGAGGUUUGCUCCUCAUCAAGACAGGGAGCUGCUGAGAAAAAUUGUCGAGCUUCACAAAACUCACAGAGGUCAAACACCAGAGGAGGCUGAGUUACAUUUCCUAGAUAAUUCCAAGAAACUUGCAAUGUAUGGAGUUGAUCUCAGUGAUGCAAAGGAUGGUGAGGGUGUGGACAUUCAGCUCGGGGUGUGCUGGAGCGGUAUCCUUGUGUUUAGGGAAAAACUUCAAAUCAACAAAUUUGUUUGGCCAAAGAUUCUAAAAAUGUCCUACAGAAGAAAGAAGUUCUACAUCAAGCUAAGGACAGGGGAGUUUGAGGAGUUCCAAAGCUUGAUAGGUUUUAAAUUCAUGUCCAGUAAACAUGCUAAACGCAUGUGGAAAAUUUGUGUGGAGAACCAUGCAUUCUUUCGGAACAGAGAGCCAGACUCCCCAGGGACACAGAGAGGACUUUUAAAACUCGGAUCCAAGUUCCGCUACUCUGGCAGGACUCAUUUCCAGACCAAACAGGCCAUGAUGGGAGUAGAGCGUCCCUCUCCAUUUUUUGAUCGUGUUCACAGCAAACGUGCCACAUACCAUGGCAGGACUAAAAACAAGGAGCUUGCUGAUGAAAUGUACAAACCACGUCCAGAGCCAAGGCACAUCCCUGAGUACAACCGCGAGGAGAAAAUGACGAGGAGGGUACCAGAGCCUGAGAUAAAUGACAGGGAGGAUGUUUUUGAUGAUGAGGAGGAGGAAGAAGAGGAGGAACCAAUCAACAGGAAGAGCCGGAUGGAGAGGAUGCAUGCGGUCCCAACCCCACUGGCAGCAGUUAUGAAGAAGGAUCCAAUUGAAAACAACAACUUAGAACACCACCGUCGGAGAAGAUCGUUCGAAGAAGAAGCUGAAGAGCAACCUCCUCUGGAUGACAGCAUGGUAUGUACACACAGACUUUAUCAUAGCCUAGAAUAUACAAACGCUUAUACUAACCCAGGGAAAACCAGGGCAACAGAGGAUACUAAUGAGAAUCAGUCAAACGAUUCACUUAGUCCCCACUCAUUAUUAACAAAGACUAAUUUAAAGCAACAAAGAGGAUGCUGGCAUAUAGGAAAUGAGAGUUCUAAGAAGGUUUCUUUUGAUGAGGAGAGCCUCAGAAGCACAAGUUCUCACUACAGCAGGAGUGACGGUGAACUUUGGCCCCAAAAGCUGUCUUUGCCCCAUGGGAGGAGGUACCAGAAAAAGAGAACCAGCAGUCAGACAAGCGUAGACAGUCCAGUGGCUGUUAGGUCUUACGUGACUACAUCUCCCUGGAAACCUUACCAAGUAAAACAGGAAAUUAAAAGACAUCUGAUUGCCAAGGAUUUGAAUUUCAGCUUAGAUGAAGGUUUUUCUGACACUUUCGAAACAAAUGUUGCCAAGAGAAAUAAUGGAAGAAGCACAAGCUAUACACAUUCUUCUAAAUCUGAUUCAUUUGAUGGUUCCAUUUAUAAAGCUGAAGAGUCAGAUACAGCUCCUAGAAAUCCUUUCCAUCUGAAAACAUCUUCCCUUGAUAGAAGUUUAUAUCACUACAGCUCGUCAGAUUCUGAGGACUGUAGUAGUCCCACAAAAUCGGGGGAUAAAAAGGUCAACCCAAGGUCAACCUUUACCCGGCAAGUAGGUAGAAGAGGCAGGAAGAAGGCACAGGUUGUCCACGACACAAAACCAGUCCCUGCAGGAAAAGACAAUUCAGAAUUUGUAAUCCAGGAAUUAGAAUUGGAACCAGGAGGUAGAUCCCAAAGACAGUUUACACCUAGUCCGAGAAAUCUCAGCAAGAACUACAGAGUAGCUCCCAGAGAGGAAACUUGGGAAAAAACGGCCUUUUCUGAUGAGAGCUUCUCAAAUCACAGUCACUCCAGUAACUACAUAAAUAACGAAGCCAUUUUGUUGGAGAAGUACAUCAUCAGAAAGCCAAAAUCUGAAUCCUCCAGCAGUGUUGUAGAUAAUGAGAUGCUAGAUGACAGCAUCAUCCACUCCAAUCUGGGAGGCAACCCAGACGAGCUAGCGCUACACGACAGUUUCGAGUAUUACGGCUUUGCAGCAGGACCAAAGUCCACAUCCUCCACAGACAACAUUCUGAAUGAGAGAGAAUCCAUGCAUGAACAACACGCUUCUCCCAGAAAUCCAGAAAUAUCCAUCAAAGAAAUCUCUAACACUUUCCCUGAAAAAGCUGUAUCAUUUGAUAUUACACUACAAACUUCAAAACCCAUGAAGAAAAUCUUAAAUACUUACUCUGAAAAAGCAGUUUCAGUUGAUGCUGAACCUCUUAAAGAAAAACCUGGAGAAAAUGCUGAAAGGCUUGUAAAUAAAGGAGGAAACACAAAUGAUGCUUUGACAAUGAGCAUGGCAUCCAUCUUGUCCCUGUCGUCAGAGGAGGGAAGUGUGAUGGUGAAUGAUUUUCUACAGGACUAUGACCAUGAACCUUGUGUGCGAAGGGCAAGGUCAAUGACUUUAGGCCACGAAGACAGAAUCUCAGCUGGCAUUUCCUCACUUGAAAGCAAGAAGGUCCGUUUUUGCAGUGAGGAUAACCUGGUGUAUGAAUUGAGAUAUGGAUUUUCAGAUGAGGACAAGCCCAGCGAAUCACCUGAGAAACUUGAUUUGAGCUUUGUAGAUGACAUCCAGUCUGAUGAACAAUUGUCUGAUUCUGCAGUUUCACCAAACACACCAUCUCUUCCCCGUUAUUUCCACGACUCUGAUGGAUCUUCUAGUUCUUGUACUCCUGACUCUUCCCCUCGGCUUCUUCAGUGUAUGGACCCUGCAGAGCAAUCCACAUCCCAUAGAACACUGCUACGGAAAAGUCUUCAAAUGCCUACAGAGAAAGAUACCAUCACAGACCAAAAACAGACUUCAGGACUUGAUAAUGUUAUGAUGGAGGACUGGUCAGCUCUAAAUGAUGUGACCUUGAAAGAGCAAAGGAAGGACAUGAAAGACACUGGUGUUGAUGAUACAAAGAGAGAGAAAGAUUUCUCAGAGGUGGACCAUGAACAUGAAGAAAACUUUAGCUUAGAGGUCCACAUAUCACCCCAGUCCCAAGGAAGCAGUGAUGUGUCAAAUGAGAAUCAAACACCUCCCUUAAGUAGAACUAACAGAGACAGGGAAAUGGUUCUUGAUGGAGAAAGCAAGAUUGAACAUGAUGAAAAGAGAAAGGUGGACAGUGGUGAACUGACUCCACUUCAGCCAUGGAAAAAAGGUGACAUGUGGGUGGGAAGCAGUGUUUGCAGAAGUUUGUUCAAGGACAGUGGAAACCUGAGCACAGAGUCACACAACACCUCAGAGACUACUUCCAUCAAAAUGUGGUGUGAAAACAAUUCUGAAGGGCCCAGUCCCUGGGGGCCAGUAUUAGUGACUGCAUUUACAGACACUGAUAAUGAAAAAGGAAAAGCAGGUUCCAAACUGGACUGUUCCAAGGAACAAAAUUUGAGAGUUGACACUAAGGAAGAAGGAGACCAGUAUGUCUCAUUUGUUCCUCUCACGUCCCCUCUUCAAUCCUCUGCUCACAUAUCUUACAUUGAUACUCAAUCCCAAAUGGUCCCCAGUGCUGUUCCAUCGAGUUCAUCCACUUUAUUUGUCAGUUCCACGAUUCAGAGCCAUGAUAAUUCUGCAUCAGAAGAGGUCCUUCUUGUUACCACUUCUGUUGCUGUUACAACACAAACUCCAUCAGGAAUAUCUGUUCAGUCUAAUGAUUUCUAUAUGAAUGAUAUACCAACAUGUGUUCCAGUUCCAGUUGUUUCAGCAGUUGUCACAUCCUCUGUUAUUUCCACUAGUGUUCAGAGUCCAGGAAAUUCAUCAUUUCACAGUUCAUCGGAAGAUGUAACCAUUAGCAAAUCAGCAGAAACUCAGAGAGCUCCAACUUUUAUUGCUUUCCAUAGUACACCUGUUGAUAAGCCAUACAUUGCUACAAAACCCUGUGUUCAUGAUAAGACUACCUCUGCAGAGAUUUCAACCCAGGGUAUAGCUAUUUCUACCAAACACUGUAGUAACUCGGGGCAUACAACGCUCAUCACCACUUCAUCUAUUCUCCAUACAUCAGUUGUAUCAUCAUCAUCCAGCGUCAUCAACUCAUCUCCAGGCACUGGUAGUUUUUCUCAGAGUGCUUUCUCUGAUUGGAACAGAAAGCCCACACCUGUGAAACCUUUGACCUUCAUACCUCCCAAAACGAAAAAGUCCUUAACCAACACAUCCCCACUAUUGGUUGAAGGUAAAACGUCUACCUCUCAGACAUCAGAGGGUGAAUUGUCUCAUCUUAAAAAAAAUCUCCUGACCGGUUCCAAGGAGUCCUGUUCUGAAAGACAAGAUGGGAAGCAGACGGCACCAAAGGACAGUUACAACAGCACGGCAGAGUGGGUGUUGUCGCACUCCAAAAGAUUUGUGUUCAGGUCUGGUGAAUUAGAAAAGCAAUCCAACGAAGAUGAAAAUAUGAAAAGUUUGACAAAUGCUGUAAAUAAAAAGGAAAGUGAGAUUUCUAGCAGGAUAUAUACUGAGAUGAGUGGAGACAGUCGAAGCAUUGGAGAUGACAUGCAGGGAAAACAUCGGAUUAUGGAUGAUGGAAAACAGGCCAGGCUCUCCAGUCCCACCAAUAGAAAAGACAAGUGUGAAUUUCCAAAGAAACAACUGAAAAUGGAAGAAAGAAGAAAAGGAGAUGCAUUUGAUGGAAAAAUAAAUGUAAAAUUGGAUGAAAAACAAAAUGAAAAUUUAAAGACUGUAGAAUCCAAGGAAAGUGACAUUGACACAGAAAAACAGGAAGCAAAAUCUUGUGUACCUCAACUUCAGGAAAAUGAACAGGACAAAUCGGUGAAGUCAGAUUUUGAUGAAAUCAGUGAAAGUCAUACAUCUGGUGUACCAAUUAAAAGUUUCUUAGACUAUCAGAGGCCUAUGGACAAUGCUGCAGUUUGUAUAGAAGGCAUUGAAAGUAACUCAAACACAUCCUCUGGAGGUACGAGGGAACCUUAUGGAUAUUUCAGGGAUGUUAAUAGGCCUUUAUGGAAACAUCCAAGUGAAUUCAUUUCUGUAAGGCAAUACAGGGAAAGUCCUAAGAAAAAGAAAGUGUACAUUGAUGGAUCACUUCAGAGGUCAAGGGUGUCAGAAGCAGAAACAGAUGAACAGGAUUCAGGAAAAGUUGCUGUACAGAGCAUGGAUCCAGCAGCAAAUUUUGACAAUGGAAGGAAAAAAGAGAAUGCUGGCACACCAUUCAUUGGUAACCAUGGUGAAACGGUUAUAUCAACGGAGGUGUUUAAUGCAACAGAAGACACUGUAGAACAAAAGGUUGUGGAAGAACUGCAUGAUAAAGACUCGAAAAUGGGUGGAAUUGUAGAUACCAUAGUAGCAAGAGAUAUAAAAAAUACUGACAAUAACAUGGCUUGCAUUAGAAGAAAAAAAGAAAAACUCAACACAGCUGAUGUAGAAACUUAUGGGGAACUUCCUCCUCUGUGCGAUUCCAAAAACUCUGACCUUGGAGAGAACUUGACGGAAGAAAAGUCUGCUAAUCAGCCAGAGAAUGAUGUGAUGAAGUUUAAGUCUGGUGCGAGACGGGAAGACAGUCAGUCAUUGCGUUAUCCCAAGAGGAAGGAGGUGCCUUCCAUGCUGCCCAGGACAUUGAGUGCAAAGAGGUUAAGUUCUAUGAUUGCUCGCCCCGAGAGUCCGGAAGCUGUACACAUUCUGUCAGAGAUCUUCUUGGCAAUUCUGAUAUUUCUGGUAUCUAUGUUGUUCUUGAUAUGUGAAAGGUCAGUAGAUGCUCCUCCAAACCAGCAAGAGCCCCCUAGUGUGCACAAUCUCCCCUCCCCUCCACUAGACCCCCCAGAACUCCUCAGCAAAGAAGAGAGAAAAAAGCGGGAGAAAGAAGAGAAGGAGCGAAAGAAACGUGAGAAAGAAGAACAGAAGAGGAAGAAAAAGGAAGAAGAGAAGGAGAAAAAGAGACUAGCCAAAGAGAAAAAGAAGAAACCACCCGUAGAAGAAAAGUGGCAGGAGGCGGUCGCUGUGUCGGCUACCACGGAAACCAUUGCAGUGCAUGACCGACCGCCACGGAGAAUGAGCAGCUUUGAGGAACAGAAGGAGGACCAGCCUGUUGAGCCUCAGGUGACCAGUAAACCAGAGGAGGUGAAGGGUGCUGAAGCUGCUGAAGAGUCUGGGAGUAACCGGGCCGACCAGGGCUCGGAGGCGGGGUCUGACAAAGACGACACCCCUGUAAAUAAAGAACCAACCAAAGAGGUGAAGGAUGAAAGUUUGAAUCGAAGCACAGACCGAGUAGGAGAGGAGUUUGAUUUAUAGGUUUGAACCACAGACCGGACAGAAAAUGGCUGCUGGGCAGGACUGUGGUUGAGCAAUAUAGGACUAGUAGAAGUGUUCAGCUUAAUGUGCUAAUCACGACUGAAUUACAAUAAUUGGGAAGCAUAGCUUCAACAUAACAAGAAUUCUGAUUGGUUGACAGAGGCAUUAUCAUGGAAAUCAUAAUGUCCUUCAGCAUAUUCAUCCAAUCAAAAUGGUUUUUAUAUUACUGUAACAGUAUACAUAGUCAUUUUUAUUCAUUGCAUGGUCAUAUGUCCAAAUAAUCAUUAUACACCAAAUUCUUUUUAUGUCUUUGUACAUUCCAUGAAAUCUACAAUAUGUUAAUAUGUAACUAUUUUACAAUGUAUCAUUGAUAGCUGUCUUUUUGUAUAGAAAGGUGACAUAUUUAACAAUUAGUGAUUUUUAUGAUUGAGGAUUUGAUCAUUGGAUGGUUGUGUCAUUAUUCUGCCUUGUUAGAACUUUUUUUUCAUCUGUGAAUAAUCAUUUUCUUUUGGGAAUUUCUUUUAUAUAUGUAAUAAAUUUUGUUUUAAUGAAAACAAAUGUUUACUAAUCAAAUGUUUUACAAAGUUAUAUUUUUUAGAAACAUUCCCUAAAGCAUAUUGUAGAUUUGUAGCGUCUUAUAUAUUGAUGUUACAGUGUUCUCUCCUGUGGUAAUUAUAGACGGAAUUAUAGACGUGGUCUUCAUCAGGCUUCCUCAUGACAAAGUUAUGGUUUGAUACAGUGAAACAUAUCAAAACUUUCUCUUUUAAAAAGAUAAAUUAUUCAGCAAUUCAAAGUCUUCUGUGUAAAUAUACUGUGAGACUUAUUCAGACAUGUAGGUAUGAACAUAUCCCCAUAAGAUGCAUCAGAAAACUAGACCUAAUUGUAUAGGUAACUGUACUCCUCAGAGUGUAAAAUGGAUCAGAGAUAGUAUUUAUAACAGGUUGUCAUUCUACGGAUGUUGUUAUACAAUUUUACACAGGACGAUUUGAAUAAUUAAAUAAAAUUUAUAAACAAAACUGCU